AUGGCUUUAUCAACCUUGGAGAGAGCAAUCUCACUUGUCUGUAUGAUCUUGAUUGUUGUGUUUCAACUUUCUCGCCAUGUUGCUUCUAACUCUACCGAAGAAGCACAAGCUCUUCUGAAAUGGAAAGCCAGCCUUCAAAACCAGAACUGUUCUCCCCUAUCUUCAUGGACUCUUUCUCCUGUAAAAGCCACCAAUAAUUCUACUCAACCUGAAAACAGAAAAAGCCCUUGUAGUUGGUCUAGAAUUUCUUGCAACCUUGCUGGAAGAAUCAAUAGAUUUAACAUGUCAAUUUCAGGUUUAAAAGGUACGCUCAAUGAAUUGUCGUUCUCAUCAUUUCCCGAUCUUGAAUAUGUUGAUUUUGGCAUAAAUGAACUCUUUGGUGUUAUCCCGACACAAAUAGGUAAUCUCUCAAAACUGAAGUAUCUUGACUUGUCAAUGAAUCAGUUUUAUGGGAAAAUUCCUGUUGAAAUUACCCUCCUAGGAGAGCUAGAAACCCUCCACUUGGGUGAUAAUCAAUUAAAUGGCUCAAUUCCACAAGAAUUAGGCCAACUGAGUUCCCUUAAUGAGCUUACCUUAUCUGGUAACCAUUUGGAUGGUUCAAUUCCUACUUGUUUGAGUAAUUUGAGCUAUUUGGGUAUUUUGUAUCUUUUCAAUAACUCACUUUCUGGUUCAAUUCCUCCAGAGAUGGGAAACCUCUCCAAUCUCAUUGAACUUGAUGUAGAUACCAAUAGCUUAACUGAUUUUGGCAUCUAUCCACACCUCGAGUACUUAGAUCUCAGCCAAAAUAAUUUUCAUGGUGAAAUCUCGUCUAACUGGGCAAAGUGUCCAAAAUUAGGCACCCUAAAGAUUGCAGCCAAUAAAAUUAGUGGCAGCAUUCUAGUUGAGCUUGGAAACUUAACAAAACUCAGUAGACUUGAUCUUUCUUCAAAUCUUCUAGCUGGAGAGAUUCCAAAAGAACUUGAAAAUUUGAGUCUACUAGAGGAGCUGAUUUUGAAUGGGAACAAACUUUCUGGUGGUAUACCUCUGGAAAUUGGAUCCCUCUCAGACAUCACUCGUCUUGACUUGUCCGCUAACAAGUUGACCAAAUCAAUACCUGAAAAUUUAGGGAACUUGUUGAAAAUCUAUUCCUUAAAUUUGAGCAACAACCAGUUUGCCCAAGAAAUUCCACCUCAUUUGGGAAAGCUAAGUCAACUUUCAGAGCUAGAUUUGAGUUAUAAUUUACUCAGAGGAAAGAUACCUUCUCAAAUAUGUGAUUUGGAGGUUUUGCAAAAGCUAAAUCUCUCCCACAAUAACCUUUCUGGGUUCAUUCCAGGAGGAUUUCAAAAUAUGUUUGCCCUGUCUAGCAUUGACAUUUCCUACAAUGAGUUGGAGGGACCAAUUCCAAAUUCCACAGCGUUUCGAAAUGCUUCCAUUGAAGCAUUACAAGGGAACAAAGAUUUGUGUGGUGAUGUUGUCGGAUUGCAACCUUGUAAUUCUUCUAAAGCUUUCGAAUCAGGCAAACAUGGAGUGAGCAAAGUUCCUAGAGAAGGAAAGGGGACUCGCAAGAACUAG